AAAUACAAAAACGAAAACAUAAAAUGUUUACAAAGAUCGUAUUUCUACUGAGUGUGUCCUUGUCAAUGGCCUUAGGUGGUAUUUACGAUGGGUACGGAGGGGGUGGCUUUAUAGCGGCGCCUGCCGUAUCAUAUGCAGCUCCGGCGAAAGUUGUUGCCGCUGCGCCGGCAGCAAUUGCUUUACCUGCGCCAAAAUUAGUCGCAGCUCCCGCCCCAGCAGCCGUGGUAAAAGCCGUUGUAGCGGAACCAUACGAUCCCAAUCCGCAGUACAGUUUCGCUUAUGGUGUCUCCGAUCAUUCAACAGGCGAUUCCAAAUCGGCUCAAGAGUCUUUGGUGAACGGUGUGGUGCAUGGCAGCUAUUCUCUUACCGAAGCUGAUGGCACGAUACGCAAAGUGACCUACACAGCCGACAAAAUUAAUGGUUUUAAUGCUGUAGUAGAAAAAUCGGGAGCUGCUGUUAUUGGCGUUGCUAAGCCGGUGGCUGCAGUAGCUGCCGUACCGGCUGUUGCUAAAGUCGCCUACGCGGCACCGGCCGUGGCCAAAGUUGCUUAUGCCGCUCCUUCAUAUUAUCAUCACGUUGUAUUUGUUCUCAGCGUGUCCUUGUCUAUGGCCGUUGCUGUACCAGUUGAUGCUUAUGGUCCUAAAUAUUAUGCUGCACCAGCUGCCGUUUCAUAUCACGCCCCUGCUGUGUCUUAUGCGGCUCCGGCAAAAUUUUUGGCACCAGCUCCUGCUGUAGCUUAUGCAGCUCCUGCUAAAGUAUUAGCUCCAGCUCAUUACGCUUUACCAGCGCCUAAAUUGCUGGCUGCACCCGCCGUUGUUAAAACCGUAGAGCCAGAACCCUUCGAUCCCAAUCCCGAAUACAGUUUCUCUUACGGUGUAACUGAUCAUCAUACAGGCGAUUCAAAAUCGCAAGAAGAAAGUUUACACGACGGUGUGGUUCAUGGUAGUUAUUCGCUUACCGAACCUGACGGCACCAUACGCAAGGUUACUUAUACUGCUGACAAAGUCCAUGGCUUUAAUGCUGUGGUCGAGAAAUCUGGUACCCCGGUUGUUGCUAAGCCCGCAGUGGCCUUAGCCGCAGUGCCUGCAAUUGCUAAAGUAGCUUAUGCCGCUCCUGCCGUUGCCAAGGUGGCUUAUGCUGCUCCUGCUGUCGCUAAAUUCGCUUUACCUGCUCCUGCCUAUUAUCAUCAUUAAUUGGCUUCCUAAGAAUCAUCAUGCCAUUUCAUCUAGUUAUUACAUGGACCAAGCAUUGGUAUUUGGACUUGUGACUUUAAAAAAAAAAAAAAUUAAUUUCAUUUGAAACAAAACGAAAAAAAAAAAAACACAAAAAAUAAUCAUAAAUAUUUUGUUAACUUAUUUUUUUUUUUUUUGUAAUUAGUUCGUCGUUAGAUAGAGAGAGGACGGACACCUACAUAAGAGUAGCCCUAUUAUUGCCACAUUAUAACGUUCUCUUCUUUUUUUUUUUUUUUUAAAAACUAUGUCUCUAAACAUCUACCUUCUCUAGCUCUAUGAAUUGCUUGUUACUCCUAAACAUGAUGAACGUACGGUUCUUUUUUCUUUAUAAGGAUGGCCAAUAUUUGAUAAAUAUGCUAUUAUAUAUGCAUAUCUGCAUUAAUAUGCAUUUAUAUGCAUAUGUAUUUGUAUGUUAUUAUAUUUUGUAAAAUAUCUGGAUGAUGUUUUAAGUCUUUAUUUUCCUUGUAAUGUAAUUCUUUUUCGUUCUUUCGUUUUUAUCCCAUUUGUAUUUGUAAAUAUAUUUGUACAUUUUUGUUUUUUUAUAUGUAGUAGCAUGUAAGUGACUCGAAUUUUUCUCGAAAAAUUUUUAUAUAAUAUUAAAUUAAUUAAACAAAAAGUAACGAAAACGUAAAGGUAUCGAGAAUCGUAUCGUGUGCAUUUACUGAAUAAAUAAACGAAAAAAUAUAUAUAUAUAUUCAGUACAAAAAAAUUUAUACUUUUUUCGCGCUUUUCAAUUGAAUCGAGUUGAAAAUAGUUUACAGUUAUUGAUUAACUCUUAUGAUAAACUAUUGCAUUUUAUUAGCAAUACUUUCUAAAAACUCUACUGUGCUGGCAAAGCAAAACACAAAUGUAAUAACAAAUGUUUGCCUACUUUUUUUUUUU